AUAGUGUUCUGUACCAUACCGAGGUGGAGUGGUACACUACGAUAGUGUACCGUACCGGAACACAACCCUUAAAAAUAUUUUAGUGAUACUGUACCGGAGCACAACGAUAAUCGUACUGUACCGCAGUCGGAGCACUAAAAAACGUAGUGUUCCGCAGUCGGAGCAUUACAAAAUCGUAGUGUUCCGCAGUCGGAGCACUACAAAAUCGUAGUGUACCACAUGGCGGAACAUUAAAAAAAAUAAUGUACCGGUAGUGUACCACAUGUGUGUUGUUUACGAUUUGAGAAAAAAUUGAAUGUUUGAUGUUUUUUAUAAUAUAAAUAUAAAUAAUACAAUUCAAUAUUAUGAAAAUAAUUGCUGGAUUUAUUUUCUUUGCGAAAUUGAAGAAAGUAUAAAAAUAUGAGAUUAGGUAGAAAGAAUAAAAAGGAAAAUUAAAUUGAAAAUUUAAAUUCUCCGUGGAAAAGGGUAUUUUAGUGGUUGCCACAAGUCUUUAUGGAUACGCCUGAAAUUCGGCCUGUUGCGUUAUAUAUGAACCAGUAAAAAGGUUCAUUCAUUUAAAAACAAAAAUUCUACGAAUGAAUGCAAGAAUAUGGGUAAUAAAAGUUAGUGCCAUAAAAUUGUAUAUUUUGGUAAAAGGUCAAGUUUGUUUUAUUAUCUUAGGUGGGCCGCUAAAUGAAAUCAAUAAAUGGUUUUUAUGCAGAUUAUGUACCUGUUACUUUGUGGUACCGAAAAAUCAGUGAAUGUAGGUGCAAAAAAUUAAAUAUUUUUUAAAGUAUGGCUGAGGGUUUAAAAUCAGUUUUAUGAUUUAGCCUUAAAUUGUAAAACAUUGUACAGGUACCACAUCAAAAUAUGUGCUGAUAUCCAGAAUAUAGUUUGCCACAAUUUCGUAUCGGAGUACAGGUAGUCUUUUAUUAUUAAGAACAAUAUUUGUUACAAUAUAUACAAAAAAGCCGAUAUCCUGCUGUUUAGUUCUUCUCAAACGUUCAGCAAAUAAUUACAAAAAUGCCGCGACCUAAAAAUAUUAUUCUUUUAGAUAUGUUCAAUACAAAUGAAUCAAACGAAGUUGUGUGUAAUUUGCAAAGUUGUAAGAACAAGAUUUUAAGUGUACAUUCCGGAAAUAUAGAAAGACACUUAAAGAGAUCACAUCCUGAGCAAUAUGCAAACUAUAUUGAACAAAAACGUGCAAUGAAAUUACAAAAAUUGUGUUAACGAAGUAUUACUGCGAAGAAAUGUAAAUCCGAGGAACAUCGAACUAGCAAUAGUGGAACUAUUCACCAAAAAUGGACGUCCUCUGCACAUGGCCGAAGAUAGGGCCUUCAAAAUUCUUAUGGAACCAGUUUUAAGUUUGCUCAGAAUAACAGUCAAUGAGCAUAAUAUAAUGGAACGAAUUAUCGCAUAUUCCACAAAUAUUAAAACGGAAAUAUCUAAUGAUUUAAAAGGGACAUUGUUUUCUCUUAAGAUUGAUGUAGCAACCAGGUGGGAUUUGAGCAUGCUCGGUAUAAAUGUUCAAUACAUCAAAAAUGGUAAAAUCAUUGUUAAAACAUUGGCAGUAAAAGAGCUGAAAUCUAGUCAUACCGGUGAAUAUAUAAAAUCUAUUAUAUUGGAAGUUCUAAAAGAAUAUGGUGUUGAUGUACGCAACAUUUUUACCAUUACAACCGACAAUGGAUCUAACAUGGUAAAAACGGUAAAAGUGCUGAAUUCGGAGUUACAAAUGCUUAUGGAAGAGGAAUCUCAGGAUAGCGAAGAAGAAGUUGAUUGUGAAAUAUCGAUUUAUGAAAUUGAGUCAAUCGACUUUAAUAUAUCCUCACACCAUAUUACUAACAUUCGUUGUGGUGCCCAUACGCUGCAGCUGUGUGUAAAUGAUGUUCUAAAACAGCCUACAAUAAAAAAAAACUGAAAACCUAAGACUCGUAGUGAAAAAACUUCGAAGUAAAACGUAUGUGAGUAUUUUUAAAAAUGGGCUCCACAAGAAACCUAUAAUUGACUGUAUAACAAGAUGGAAUUCAACAUACAAUAUGAUUGAAAGACUGCUGGAAAUAAGAGAAGUUGUAACUACAUUAAGCAAGGAUAAUUCGAAAUUAUUCAUUAGUUCUGCUGACUGGUCUUUCGCAAGUGAAUUUGUUGGAAUAUUUAAACCUAUUUACACAGCUACAAUGAAACUACUGAACAGCUUUGUUAUAGCGAACUAUAUAUUGUAAUAAUGGAUAUUACAUUCCAAAUAGAUGCUUUACCAAACACCGAAAUGAAAGUGAUACUGAAAGAAUCAUUGAAGACAAGAAUGGAUAAACUUUUUGAUAACGAACUUUUCAACGCAGCCGUGUAUUUGGAUCCACGUAUUAAAGUCUGUAUGACAAGCGAACAGAAAACUAGAGCGCAGAUGUACAUAGUGUCGUUAUAUAAGCGAAUAUACUCAAAAGAAGAUUCUACAACAGACAAUACGGCCUGCACAAUACUGGAUGAAACUCCAUCAACAAGUAAUGCAUGCACACCGAAAUCCUUUUCCGAUUACCUGCACACUUUAGAUCCUACCACGCCUACACAGAGUUCUUCAAACAUUGAUAAUUUUGAAUCCGAUCUAUCCACUUAUGAAAGAAAAUCUAGAUUGCCACUAAAUGCAAAUGUUUUACAAUAUUGGGAUUCUUCAAACAUUAUUAGUGGCAUUGCGAAUAUUUUACUGGCAAUACCAUCAACACAAGUAAGCGUGGAACGCUUAUUUUCAGCUAUGAAAUAUAUGUUAUCCGAUCAGCGCAAUCGAUUGUCACCGUUAAAUUUAGAGCAUAUAUUAAUGGUAAAAGCCAAUGGGAUUUUUAAUUACCAAUUGGGAUCAGAUUAAAGUUCUUACUGGUGUACUUAUAUUUUUAGUUUAUUACAUUUCCUUUUUUACUUUCUAUUUAUAUUAUGUUUGUUAUAUUUAACUUGUUUAAUUAAUUCAAUUUUUAUUAAAAAAUACAUUUAAGUAAUAACAAUUAAAUACUUAUAAAUAAAUCAGUAUUAAGUAUGUUUCAUUGACAUAUGACCGGUUGUUUUAUUUGUUCUUUAAUUUCCACUUAUACAAAGUGUAAUACUAAUAUCGAAUUUUGUGUAAUUUUGCAAAGUUGGAUAAUCUUUAAUUUCUUUUAUUAUAAUCAUUUUAUUCAUUUGCAAUGCUACAUACAAAAAAAUCAAACCUUUAAUAUUAUUUUCCCAAAAAAGCGUAUUGAUGCCAGUAAAUUUUUUUAAUGUGGUACACUACGAUU